CAUACAAAAGUGGUUGAGGAGUUGAGCUGCCCAACUGAACCGUUUUAAAUUCUACAACCAGACUCAUGAAAUCUCCUCCUCAAUAGUUAACUAACACAUCCUUAAAAUAUUCCUCUUCAAUCUGCUCAAUCUUCCACUCUUGUGUUGUCUUGUGUGUGUUUCUCCGCCUAGUCCUAGAUCUGUCUCCCCAAUGGCUGGUUUCUUCUCUCUUCUAAGGCGCCUCUAUCUCUCCCUUUACAAUUGGACCGUUUUGUUUGGAUGGUGUCAAGUUCUGUAUUUUGUUCUCAAGACAUUGAACGAAUCGGGUCAUCAACAUGUUUACAGUGCAGCAGAAAAACCUUUGCAUUAUGCUCAAAGCGCUGCUGUGUUAGAGAUUCUUCAUGGUUUGGUAGGGCUGGUGAGGUCUCCAGUAACAGCAACAUUGCCACAGAUAAGUUCAAGGCUGUUUCUGGUUUGGGGCAUCUUAUGGAGUUUUCCUGAGACUCGGUCCCAUGUGCUUGUUACCUCCCUACUAAUCAGCUGGUCCAUCACAGAGAUCAUUCGCUAUUCUUUCUUUGGCUUUAAAGAGACUUUUGGAUUUACUCCAUCAUGGCUUUUGUGGCUUAGAUAUAGCAGCUUCUUAGUUUUGUAUCCAACAGGCAUAAGCAGUGAAGUUGGUUUAAUAUACAUUGCCUUACCAUUCAUUAAGGCGUCUGGGAAGUAUUGCAUAAGGAUGCCAAACAAAUGGAACUCAUCAUUUGAUUACUUCUAUGCUGCGAUUGUUGCAAUGGGAAUCUACGUUCCAGGUAGCCCUCACUUGUACACAUACAUGCUUGCUCAGAGGAAGAAAGCUCUCUCCAAAUCGAAGAGAGAGUAAUGCAACAUCAGUAGUUUUCAUUGAUUUUGGGUCAAACGUAGGAUAUAUACACAUGUCAUAUCUUGGUUUGGAUUCACAUAUAGGUAUCAGGGAAACGCUGAUAAAAAAAAAAAAGGUAUCAGGAAAACUCUUGCUUUACUUGUUAAUCAUUAAAAGGCAAGAUGCCGGAGAUUAAUAAACUAAUUAUUUUGUUCUUCUGUAACGUGGUGCGAAACAGCUUAUAGUUUAUUGUUGGUUCUUAUUCAACGUGAAACAUAAAUCAUAGUUCAAACAA